AAAAUUUAAAAAGUAAAACAGCAAAAAGCAUCAAAAUUUUAGUAGCCAAAUAAAUGCAUGAAAAAAAUAUUUUCAAAAUUAUAUUUUUGGCAUUAAAUUAAAAUUCGGCCAACUGUGAUUGAUGAACUCAAUGCGCAGCAGCGUGCCGCGUUGGCUGGAUUGGGUGGUGCGCAAUUCUAAGCCCAAGCCGGACUAUAGUGCACCACCCAAACCAGAGCCAACGCGCUGGCAGCAGCCCGGACCCAAAAGCCGCGAGCAGUGGAUCAAUUUCUACAAAUGGAUAGCGAAUAGUGCAGCGCCCAAAAGAACUGCAACUAGAACUGAAGCGCCUGCUAUUUUUAUAGCCGUUGCUGCUGCCCCCAAACUGGCGGACAUGCAACUGCCCAGUGCAGCUGAAAGAUUAAGUCAACCGCGCAUGCCACGCGGCAAAUACAUUGCGCCAGUCAAGCCGCCGCAUCCGUUUAGACCGCAGAUCAAUCGCCACAUUAUACCGCGUCCAGAACGCAGCCGUCCAGCUAAGCAGCCAGUGGUGCCCUGUUGCUUUCAACACGUGGACAUUGAAGCGGAAUUUUGGAAAACCAUCCGCUUCCCGGUCUCCAAGGCUGCCAGAAGCUACAAGCCCACUGCAAAGUUAAUUGAACUUGCCCAGCCGCGCAGCUAUCCACCCAAGCCACAUUGCCCACUGCCGCCAGCUGCGGAUCUGUCGCCACCCAAACGCAGCAAAAUGACGCGCGAGCAGUGGCGCAAUCAUCUCUGUCGGCUGCACUAUCUGGCGCUGCCCAGUCAACGUGUCCUGGCCGAGCUGCCAAGGCAGCCAAUGUUCAUGGACUGCAUGUGCUCCAAAUGCUUUCGACCCUGUCCAAAUUGCUGCGCGUCACAUCGCAAGCAUUGACACAAUUAUGAGCUGAAGUCGCGUAGAUUUCAGCUAAUAGUUGUGGCAAUGCUAAUCUAAUUAUAAACGGAAAUUGAUUUAUUGAAAUACACACAAG